UUCCCUCCCUUAAUACUAUUAUAACCCUCUCUCUUUCCCCUUUCCCUCUCAUAAUUUCUGUACUUUGAACACUCCUUUCCAAACAAAGGCCAUGGGAAGAGCUCCUUGCUGUGAUAAAGCCAACGUGAAGAAGGGCCCGUGGUCGCCCGAGGAAGACGCAAAACUCAAAUCCUAUAUCGAGCAGCAUAGUACCGGAGGAAACUGGAUCGCCCUACCUCAAAAAAUUGGUCUUAAGCGAUGUGGGAAAAGCUGCCGACUCCGAUGGUUGAACUACCUUCGUCCGAAUAUCAAACAUGGGGAUUUCUCAGAAGAAGAAGAUAGAAUAAUUUGUAGCCUUUAUAUUAGCAUUGGAAGCAGGUGGUCGAUUAUUGCAGCUCAAUUACCGGGAAGAACGGAUAAUGAUAUAAAGAACUAUUGGAACACGAGGUUGAAGAAGAAACUAUUUGGCAAGCAACAACUGGUGAGAAGAGGAAGAAAAAUCAAAUCCGAAAUUGGAAAUUCCAUGGCUAUUGCUUUUGACAACCAUCUUUGUAAUAACCAAUCGCCUUUCUUGCCGGAGUUAACAUCGGCGCUCAAUUCCCCGCCGCCGCCGCCGCCGUGCGCAAAUUACCAAUCGCUUCAAUUCGCUUCUAAUUCUCAGCAACUCUUCGGUCACACCCCCGGCGGCGAUUUGAGCAGAACAGACCGUUUCCAAUUUGGAACAGACGGGGUCCCGGGUCUACCAAUCCCAAGCCGCCACGUAGGUGAAUUGGAGAAGGUCGUGUAUAGCAAUACGGCGUCGUUUGAUAAUGGUAAUGGCUUGAUGAACGAGUUGGAUUGGGGGGAAAUGAGUUCUUUGAUUUCUGCUCCUUUAUAUCCUUCAAUGGCUCAUGAUUUGAUGAUGGGUUCUUCUGUUUUAGGGCAGCAAAAACAAUAGUUUAGUGAGAUUACCAAAAAUCAAAAUUAUCUCAAUCUGUACAUUAUGAUUAUAACCUAAUUCGAUUCGAUUCGAUUCUUGCUGUA